AUGGCGACAAGUAAAUGGAUUACAUCGGACUAUCUCUCCUUUUCUUAUCUCUCUUUUUAUUCCGUCUCUUUCUCUUUCUCUCUCUCUCUUUCUCUCUCUCUCUCUCUCUUAUACCGACAAAGCAAACGGAUUAUACCAGCCUAUCUCUCCAUUUAUUAUCUCUCUUUAUAUCCUCUCUCUUUUUUCUGCCUACCUCUCCCUUUCUUUUUAUUCUUUCUCUCUGUCUCUAUCUAUCUAACUAUCUAUCUAUCUAAUAACAACGAAUCAAACGGAUUACAUCGGCCUAUCUCCCCAUUUCUUAUCUCUCUUUUUUAUUCUCUCUUCUUUCUCUCUCUCUCUCUCUCUCUCUCUCAUACAGACAAGCAAAAGGGUAACGGAUUAUCUCUUUCUAUUCUCUCUCUCUCUCUCUCUCUCUCUCUCUCUCAAUCUAUCUCUCUGGCAGGGGUAACGGAUUAUCUCUCUUUCUAUUCUCUUUCCCUCUCUCUCUUUUGUCUCUGUCUAUUUUCUCUCUCUCCAUCAUACCAACAAUGCAAACCGAUUAACCGUCGUAUCUCUCUGCUUAAAACGGAUUAUACCGGAUUAUCUCUCCAUUUCUUAUCUUUCUUUUUAUUCUCUCUUUCUCUCUGUCACAGCGUCAAAUCAAACCUAUUACACCGGCGUUUCUCUCCAUUUUUUUUAUUUCCCUUUUCAUCCUCUCUCUCUCUCUCUCUCUCUCUCUCUCUCUCUCUCUUCAAUUUUGCCUUUCUUUUGGCCUUCGGCGAAUAA